UUGGAUUCAAAGAUUAUGUUGUAGAUGACGCCAAAAAGAAGAGGACAGCGGUAUGCAGGGUCUGCAGCACAAAGUGCAGUGACACGACCACCACCACAUCUAACUUUAUUCGUCACUAUAAAAAGACCCACAGAGAAAGAUAUGAAGAGUACAUUCAAACCAAAAUGCCUGGUGAUCCUAGCCAGCCUCCGAUCUCCCAAUUCAUCGAAUCAAGGACUGUGCCGCUAUACAACUGCAACCACCCCCAGCAGAAAGCCAUAACAAACUCAAUAUUGUCAGACCUUAUUAUAAAUUGCAACAUGCCAUUGUCCAUCAUUGAACAUCAAAGCUUUCAUCACUUUUUGUCACUAGUGGACAACAGGUACUCUCCAGUGAGUCGAAGAACAAUUACAUCAAAGCUUGACGGUCUGGUGGCAGAUAGGCAAAUUAAGCUAAAAAAUGAAUUAGAAAAGGCAGAUAAUGUGUCAGUGACUAUGGUCAGACCGUAGGAUGAGAGGCUUUCUUGGAGUCACAGCACACUGGAUCGACCUCAACAAUGACAAUCUUCAGAUGAGAUCCCAGUUGCUUGCGUGCAACCGCUUCAAAGGUUCCCAUACAGGGGAAAGAAUUUGUGAAGAGUUUGAGCAAAUAUGUGAACAGUACCAGAUCAAGAAAAAAGUUGACCACAUGAUCUGUGACAACGCUGCUAAUAUGAAAAAAGCUUUCACUACAUGUUUUCCAGGACAGGGAGAUGAAGAAGAUGACCUUGAUGAUUCUGACAUAUGGAAUGACCUGACAGUGGAAGAGCAAGAGAGGGUUGAACAUUCUUUGAGCGCAAAAACCCAGACAAGACUUCAAUGUUUUGCACACACUCUUCAACUGGUUAUAGGAGAUGGCCUUAAAGAGACAAAAUUAAUCAAUGCCGCUCUCGCCAAAGCUUCCAGGUUGAGCUCUUUUCUCCAUACAAGCACCAACUUCAAGGAGAAAUUUGAGAAGGAGUUUGGGCAGCGUGGAAUCCCUGCCUCUGUUACCACACGCUGGAAUUCUACACUGAGGCAACUGAAAUCAGUGCUCAACUGUGACCACCUGAGACUGUCUACAGUUCUUGAAGAUGGGGGACACAAAGAGACAGUAUUCACAGCUAGAGAGUGGAAUCAGAUUGGGGAACUAGUGGAUGUUCUUCAGCCUUUUGGGGAAGCCACAGACCUCACACAAGGAGAAAAAAGUGUGACCAUAAGUGCUGUGGUACCCUCUAUCCUUUCUCUUAAUCACCACCUGGAAAAUCAAAAAGAGAAAGUGCGCUACUUGGGUGGCUUGAUCCGUGGGCUGCAAGGAUCACUCCAAAGAAGAUUCAGAGGGAUCUUUGUCAAUGUGAGGAUGGCAGAUGAAGAGAGUGAUGGUGCAACCUUACCCUUCUCUGACCCUAUAUUCCUAAAAGCUGCUCUGCUGGAUCCCUCAUUUGGCACCAUGUGGUUGACCCAUGAUGUUUUGGUCACUGAAAACAUCAAGGAGGCUGUGUCUAUGAUGAUAAAAAACUGGAUUCUCAAAGAGGUGACCAAGACCACCCCGACCACACCAACCACCGAUGAGCAGGACCAAAUGACUAACUAAAAUGACAAAGUGCUAACCAAUUUAAUUUUUUGCAAAUGCAAUGCAGCAUUGUAAGUGGCUA